AUGGUCUUGCAGGAUCAAGUUCGAGGAAAAUGGAACCACCAGUUGAUUAUGAGCUACUGUCCCGCCGAUGGGAGAGUGCUUGGAAACGGAAUCAAGCCCGCGACAGUUGACGACGUGAACGAGGCCGUGCGGGCUGCGGGAGCUGCUCAGCGCGAGUGGGCCAAGUCUACUUUCGCUGAGCGCCGACAGGUUCUCCGGACAUUGUUGAAAUAUAUCCUCGACCACCAAGAUGACCUCGUUACCGCAUGCUGCCUCGAUUCAGGAAAGACAAAAGUGGAUGCCUCGUUUGGAGAAAUUCUUGUGACAGUGGAAAAGCUCAAGUGGACUAUCGACCAUGGCGAGAAGGCGCUGCUGCCAGAGCGACGACCAACGAACUUCCUCAUGAUGUACAAGAAGAACAUGGUCACCUAUGAGCCUCUCGGUGUGGUUGGUGCAUGCGUGUCAUGGAACUACCCUCUGCACAACUUCAUCGGACCCGUCAUCAGCGCUCUCUUCACCGGUAACGCCGUCGUGGUCAAGCCAUCUGAACAAACAGCAUGGUGCUCCAAGUUCUUCCUUGAGAUGGUUCGUGGCGCUCUCAUCGGAUGUGGCCACUCGCCCGAUCUUGUCCAAAUGCUCGUCUGCCUCCCCGGCGUGGCAGAUGCCUUCACCUCACACCCCGACGUUGCCCAUCUGACCUUCAUUGGAUCUCGACCCGUCGCCCACAAGGUUUGCGCAUCUGCAGCCAAGGCUCUUAUCCCAGUAUGCGUUGAGCUCGGUGGCAAAGACCCAGCCGUCAUUCUCGAUGACUCCCGCACUCUUCGUAAUCUCCCCUCCAUCGCCUCGAUUCUCAUGCGCGGUGUAUUCCAAUCCGCCGGCCAAAACUGCAUCGGUGUGGAACGCGUCGUCGCCCUCCCAGGAGCUUACCAGCGCCUCAUUGAGAUUGUCACACCCCGCAUUCAAAAGCUUCGUCUCGGUUCCAUUCUUCUUGAUAGCACAACCCCGGAUAUGGGUGCCAUGGUCUCCCCUGGCUCCUUCGCAGCCCUCGAAUCCCUCAUCUCCGAAGCCGUCGCCCAGGGAGCCCGUCUCCUCGCUGGUGGCACUCAGCACAAGCACCCGGUCCACGAGCACGGUCACUACUUUGCGCCAACCCUCCUCGUAGACGUGACGCGCGACAUGCGUAUUGCGCAAACCGAGCUUUUCGCCCCCGUCUUCCUAGUGAUGCGCGCCGAGUCUGUCGCCGAUGCAAUUGCCAUCUCGAACUCCACACCCUACGCACUGGGUGCCAGUGUCUUUGGUCACAACUCGGCGGAUGUCCAGGCUUGUGUUUCCAGCAUCUCCGCUGGAAUGGUGGCCAUCAAUGACUUUGGCGCUUACUAUGCUGUGCAGCUUCCGUUCGGUGGUGUGCGUGGUUCUGGAUAUGGACGGUUUGCCGGCGAGGAGGGGCUGCGUGGACUGUGUAAUACCAAGGCUGUUUGUGCGGAUCGCUUCCCUAAGUUGAUUGGUACUGCUAUCCCGCCGCGCGUGGACUACCCUAUUCAGAAGAAGGAGGGUGCGGCCGGUGCUAAGGAUGGUCAAAAGGCUUGGGAGAUGUGUAAGGGCGUCGUUGAGACGGGAUAUCAGUAUACCCUUGGUGGUUGGAUUGCUGGUCUUUUCAGACUCUUGGGGAACAUGUGA